CUUGCCGAAGCGGACUCUUCGGUCGCUCUUCCUCGGCGUGCGCGACAUGACGGACCCCGGUUGGCGACUCCUGCUCGGGCUCUCCCUCCUCUUGGCGCUAUGGGAGACGGGCUACCCGCUGCUCUUCCCCCGAGAGUCUUCCUCGCGGGAGGUAAAGGAGCUGAACGGGCUGUGGAGCUUCAGAGCAGACUCGUCCCCCGACAGGAACCGCGGCUUUGAGCAGGCGUGGUACCGGAGCAGACUGGCUGAGACUGGCCCAGUGAUUGACAUGCCGGUCCCUGCCAGCUACAAUGACGUCACCCAAGACCCCAAACUGAGAGACUUCAUAGGCUGGGUGUGGUACGACAGAGAGGUGGUGGUCCCUGCCCGCUGGGUAGCCGACGAGGGAGUCCGAGUGGUGCUUAGAGUGGGAAGUGCGCACUACUACUCAGUGGUGUGGGUGAACGGGGUGAAGGUGAUGGAGCAUAAUGGGGGCCACCUUCCCUUUGAGGCUGAGAUAGGUGAUGUGAUCCGUGACAGCCCAGCUCAGCCCUGCAGGAUCACUAUUGCGGUCAACAACACGCUGACAAUAGAGACCCUCCCUCCGGGAAGCAUCCAGCACAUGGACGACCCCACCAAAUAUCCUAAAGGCUAUUUUGUGCAAAACACCAACUUCGACUUCUUUAACUACGCCGGGAUCCAUCGUCCUGUUUUGCUCUACACCACCCCCAAGGCGUACGUGGACGACAUCACUGUGGUGACUGACUACGCUGAUAACAUUGGCCUCGUCAGCUACAGAGUGUCGGUCCUAGGUAGCCCCACGGCCACCCUGAAGGUCACUUUGCUGGACAAAGAUGAACGCUGUGUGGCCUCUUCCACGGGGUCCUCUGGAGUGCUCAAAGUGACGGAUGUGAACCUCUGGUGGCCGUACUUAAUGCACGCUGAUCCGGGAUACCUUUACUCGAUGGCGGUACACAUGACCACUGCGACUGACAAGAAAGUAGCGUAUGAGGACGUGUAUAACCUACCGGUGGGCAUCCGCACCGUCAAGGUUACCAGCACCCAGUUCCUCAUAAACAACAAGCCCUUCUACUUCCAUGGGGUCAAUAAGCAUGAGGACGCUGACAUUCGAGGUAAAGGGUUUGACUGGCCCCUGAUUGUAAAGGACUUCAACCUGUUGAAGUGGCUGGGUGCCAACUCCUUCCGCACUAGUCACUACCCCUACGCUGAGGAGAUCCUGCAGAUGAGUGACCGCCACGGCAUUGUGGUCAUCGAUGAGUGCCCGGGGGUGGGCAUCAAAGACAUUCGCAGUUUUGGAAACGCGUCCUUGACUCACCAUCUGGAUGUGAUGAGCGAGCUGGUCGGGAGGGAUAAGAACCAUCCCUCCGUUGUCAUGUGGUCCGUCGCCAACGAACCCGCCGCUGAGAUGCCCCCUGCCGGACUCUAUUUCAAAACCUUGAUAGCUUACACCAAAGCUCUGGACCCCACCCGGCCUGUCACCUACAUCACAGACAGCAACUACGCCAGGGACAAAGGGGCGCCCUAUGUAGAUGUGAUCUGUGUGAACAGUUAUUUCUCCUGGUACCAUGACCCAGGCCACCUGGAAGUCAUCCCCAUCCAGCUCAACACCCAGUUCGAGAACUGGUAUGGAAAGUACCAGAAACCCAUCAUCCAGAGCGAAUAUGGAGCCGAUGUCAUCCCAGGGCUUCACAACGACCCGCCCAUGAUGUUUACCGAGGAGUACCAGAAGAUAGUCCUGCAGAGCUACCAUGAUGUGUUCGACCAGAAGAGAAAGGAGUAUGUCAUCGGCGAGCUGAUCUGGAACUUUGCUGACUUCAUGACGGCACAAGGGUUGACCCGUGUGGUGGGAAACAAGAAGGGCAUCUUCAGCAGGCAGAGGCAGCCCAAAGCAGGAGCCUUCAUCCUGAAGGAGAGGUACUGGAAACUGGCAAAUGAAACAGGCAGACUGCCACCCUGGACCAAGUACCCCUGUGUCCUCUGACACGUUCCACUCGCGUCGAAUCCGGUCGUAGACGCCGUCUCUGAAGGCCAACUCCAUUCUCGCGUCUCAAGUUGCUGAUCCGACUACAAACAAUGACGGGCACAUGGAAGCGGAAGUCCUCAUGGGAAAUGGAAGCUAGCAGCCAGCAGCUACACCGGAAGCCCCAAAAUACCGACCGUUGUCCUCAGAGCUAAAUCGUAAUCAGAUGAUUUUGCUUCUGGGUUCCAAGAUUGCUCCGAUUGUUUCGAGAUUGAUGAGUGUCAGACACAUCUGUUGGUGCCUCUCUUUCUUCUUUUUUUUAAUGGAUUUUUUUUUUUUUUUGGUAUUUGUCGCCUGUCUUUGAUAGCGACAGUAGAGAGACAGGAAAGGCAGGGGUGAAACAGGGCCCGCGGCGGAUUCAUACCCAGGCCGCUGCAGUAAGGACUCAGCCUUAUAUGGCACAUACUCUACCAUGUGGGCCAGCGGGGCGCCGCCUGUUGGUGCCUCUUGAAUCAGUUUCGGAUGAAGGGUAACUGAACCCUUAAACAGAAUAAAAGCAUGUUAUCUCACUGACUUUGGAAGGGUAACUCUAGAUCUGUUGACGGAUCAGUUUUUUUAUGGUUCUAUCAAUCCCAGAAGUUACCCUCCAAUGCCUCCAAUGCCUCCUGAGAAUGUUUCCUCUCAAGGUUUGGUGCCUGAUAAAAUCACAAACUUAAGGAGAUAGUUUGGUUUCCGGGGUAGUUUGGAUAGUUUGGUUGCCUAGUAACAUAGACAAUCUUGUGUAUACCUUGUUAACAUCUGUGUGUAGUUAAAGGUACGUUGAACAGUGCACUUAGCCUAGCUUAGCACGGUUGCUCUGUCUAGCGGAUCAUUAGCAGUUCCUCUUUUUUUGGGGGGGGGGGGGGUCCGCCUUUUUCUCCCCAGUUGUAUCCGGCCAACUACUCUUCUGAGCCGUCCCGGUCGCUGCUCCACCCCCUCUGCUGAUCCGAGGAGAGCUGCAGACUACCACAUGCCUCCUCCGAUACAUGUGGAGUCACCAGCCGCUUCUCUUCACCUGACAGUGAGGAGUUUCACCAGGGGGAGGUAGCGCGUGGGAGGAUCACGCUAUUCCCCCCAGUGCCCCCUCCCCCUCGAACAGGCGCCCCGACUGACCAGAGGGGGCGCUAGUGCAGCGACCAGGACACAUACACCCACAUAUGGCUUCCCACCCAAAGACACGGCCAAUUGUGUCUGUGGGGAUGCCCGACCAUGCCGGAGGUGACACGUGGAUUCGGACCAGCGAUCCCCCGUGUUGAUAUGCAACAGAAUAGACCCCCACACCACCUGGACACCCCAGCAGCUCCUCUUAAAACAAGGGAAAUGCAUCUUCACUGAAGUAACUCAUUCGUACUUUUGACUCAUUAGCCUAGUGGUGACACUUGUCUGACAUGUACAUGUGAGAUCCUAAAAAGUGGAUGAUAGGUUUGUAAUAUUUUUCCAAUGUGUACGUCUAUUUUCUACUGCGGAAGAAAACUGAUACUGAUACAGUAUGUCAUCCGCCAAUAAUGCUGAACUAAUGAGUAAAGAGUAUUAACGGUUUGCUUCAGAGGUGGUGUAUUUCCCUAAUUAACAAUUAAUUAAUUAUUAAUCCAAUAAUUAGUUAUUGGAGCUGCUAAUUGGACAUCAAGUAAUCGAGCUAAACUCGCUGUUCAACGUACCUCCAAACUGCACACAGACAUAAAAGGGUAUCCCCGGUUUGUCUGACUCCGCGUCCCCUAGAACCCAGUAGAAAAGCCCGGAAAUGCACUCUCCCUUUAAGUUCUGAGAAGAAGUUUUGUUUUGUUUUAAAUCUUGCUGUCCAAGGAUGUCCGCCUUAUAUACAGGUUACAGCCCAUGAGGGCGGUGUUAGAAAUACAUGCUUUUAAGAUGUACUACUGUGAAGGGGUCCAGCUAGGCCAGGUCUUUACUGGUGUGGGUGAGUUUCCGGGCUUCAGAUCGACGUUAAAUUCUGUCAGGAGGGUCCAAUGUAGAAGCAGCGUCUCCCAGGAUGUGACGUCAGUGCCGUAUUCAGUAAGUCAAAAGUAAAAGUGGUCACCCUGUACAAACAUAAAUCAAUAAAUAAAAAGUGGUCACUCUGUAUCAAAUCAGUGGGCAUCUGCUAAGGCUGAGACCUCCUCAUUAGGGGUGACGCGCUGCGCUGCUCGCGAGGCUCGGCGUUUUCGGUUUUUACCGGUUUUCACCCGAAAAAUAGCCGGAUUGUUUUAAAAGGAGCAGACCGGUUUCAACUGAGCUUCGCCCGGAUUUUAUGUUUCCGCGGAUCCAGAAGUUGUUCCUGUUCGUGUGAGGUUAUGUAACGGUGCCCUCUUGUGGCGAAAGUCGGCAUGCUGGAUGGCUUUGAAAAGUAAAAACCGAAAACGCCGAGCCUUGCACUCGUCCGGGUAGCGUAGCGGUCUAGCCCGUUGCCUACCAACACGGGGAUCGCCGGUUCGAAUCCCCGUGUCGCCUCCGGCUUGGUCGGGCGUCCCUACAGGCGCAAUUGGCCGUGUCUGCGGGUGGGAAGCCGGAUGUGGGUAUGUGUCCUGCUCGCUGCACUAGCGCCUCCUGGGCAGGGCGCCUGUUCAGGGGGGAGGGGGAACUGGGGGGAAGAGCGUGGCCCUCCCACGCACUACAUCCCCCUGGUGAAACUCCUCACUGUCAGGUGAAAAGAAGCGGCUGGCGACUCCACGUGUGUCGGGGGAGGCAUGUGGUAGUCUGCAGCCCUCCCCGGAUCAGCAGAAGGGGUGGAGCAGCGACCGGGACGGCUCGGAAAAAUAGGGUAAUUGGCCAAGUACAAUUGGAAGAAAAGGGAGGGGGGGUUAAAAGAAGGAGAAGUGAUACUAAUGUAACCGGUUAUUUUCUUGCCCGGUGCGGGAGUCGAUACGGGGUGUACUGCACCACAAGGCGACGUCACUAACCGCUCGGCUAAAGGGACAGAUCUGUUAGCUAGGGACUAACGUGUCUUAUUAGUAGUUUACAGUAGUAUAUAUUGACUCUUCUGGUACACCAUGCAAAACGUCGUUUGUCAUUGCAAUCAUAAAGGGGAGGAGUAGCUCAACUCUGUAAUUUAUUCCUGACCAGAACUCCGUUUCCCUCCAUAUCGGGCUCUUUACUGGACCCAAACCAAAAGCAAAGAAAGAGUUUUGUAUAUUCUGGAACGCGCAGUGUUUUGACCCUCUGUGUUGACAACCACAAAGCAACCAGUUACCAGCUCUGGGGAAUACCGGACUGACGGGAUCUACCGACGUGAGGUUAUCUUCUGUCUGAGACAUUCCAGGCAUUAUGACGUCCCAUUCAAUGCAGUCUCAUAACGCAUGCAGAAGUAUGCAACUGAGCUGCAGCCCCCCCCUCCCCCCGCUCUGUCCCAAGUCACUGAGGCUGCACGCUUCCAAAAUCCAAGUCACUAUUCCCGAGUUGACUUGCUUUCAGGUGUGAAAAAGGGUGAGAUUGAAAGCUUGAGACGAGGCGUCCUUGGCCGGGACGUCCUGUUAGCCUUUCACUCUCAUCCCAUAAUCCGCCUUUGUUCCAGUGAGACCAAUCCCACGUUUCUAUCUCCCAUGCUAGAUAUAUAUUGUUAUAGAUAUAUAUUGUAAAGGUAUAUAUUUUAACCACCACAGAUGUGUAGACUCGCUAGCCCUUGGCUAAGGGGUCGGACCCUUUAGUUGACUGGCUAGCGCAGUCACCCAUGGUGCGGGUGACCCGGGUUUGCGUCCCGGCUGCCCCCUGAAUUCACUACUAUAUAUACACACACAUACUGGUCCAAAAAUCUGAAUAUGGGGAUGUGCAGGUAGAGCAGCGGUCUAUUCCGUUGCCUACGAACAAGGGGGUCGCCGGUUUGAAUCCCCGUGUUACCUCCGGCUUGGUCGGGCGUCCCUAGAGACACAACUGGCUGUGUCUGCGGUCGGGAAGCCGGAUGUGGGUACGUGUCCUGCUCGCUGCACUAGCGCCUCCUCUGGUCGGUCGGGGGCGCCUAUUCAGAGGGGGAGGGGGAACUACGGGGGGAUAGCGUGAUCCUCCCACGCGCUACCUCCCCCCCCCCCCGGUGAAACUCCUCACUGUCAGGUGAAAAGAAGCGGCUGGCGACUCCGCAUGUAUGGGAGGAGGCGUGUGGUAGUCUGCAGCCCUCCCCGGAUCGGCAGAGGGGGUGGAGCAGCGACCGGGACGGCUCGGAAGAGUGGGGUAAUUGGCCGGAUACAACUAGGAACAAAAAGGGGGGGGGCAAUUAAAAAAAAAUCUGAAUAUGAUAUCAUACCCCCACAACUUGCCAUCACAUUCUUUUUGUAUCGCUUGUAAAAACAGAACAAAACGAAACCGAACGACGUGUAUCUUUUACACCCAGUACUUGAUUUUAUGAACACAGUUGAUUGUCAUUUUGUAACGGAUGUGACUGCAUACUGUAAUUGUGUUUGUGUAGCGUGAAGCGCUGCAGGAGAAUCCACAGAACAAACUGACCUUCCUGCGACUUUGCUCGACAUUAAAAAGGAAUUUGCGAGCGUUGUUUUUCA